CCGGCUCUGACUGUAAACCCCAGAGUUCAGUGUUCACUGGAGACAGAGUUACUCUGAGCUGUGAUGUGGGACAGUUAACUGGAUGGACAAUUCUCUGGAGAAAAGACUCAAAAAGUGAAUCCACGGGUGAUGAAACUAAAACAAUCGAGUCUGUGAGCGUCUCUGAUGAAGGAGAGUACUGGUGCAGAGCACAACGAGGAAACUACUACAGCGAGUUCAGUAAUACAGUUAAGAUUACAGUAAAAGGUCAGAGCUCUCUUGAUGUUGAUCCUGAUAGACGUGUGUUCAGAGGAGAGACGGUCACUCUCACAUGUCACAUACAGAAGACAGGAGUCUGGCAGUACAGCUGGUAUAAAGACAGAAAACAGGUUUACAGCGCAGGACGAGACCAGAACUAUAAAAUCUCAUCUGUGGAUCCGUCUCAUAGUGGUGUGUACAGCUGUAGAGGAACUCAGACACAAGCACCAACACACACACAGAUGAGUGACGGAGUUACACUGACAGUAUCAGAUUUACCCAGAUCUACACUGACUGUGACUCUAGACAGUCCUGUAUUCACUGGAGGUCAGUACUGGUGUGGAGGACAGAGAGAUGAGAGACCAAACUCAUCACAAUCAAGCUCAGCUGUUUAUCUCACUGUGAUGG